GCAAGAUGUCUGCGCCCUUCACCUAAGAGUUACACAACAUAGAAAUCGGACAAAAAAGUUAUAGAACAGUUAAGAACAGAAUUUGAUUUCUCUAGUCAUUUGAAUUUGGAAUUUGACUCAGUGUUUGGUCAAAAAUGUAAUAUUAAGUUAUUAUAUGACCAAAAACAGACAAAAAACAACAAUUUUGGACAAAAACCUGGACACUUAUACUAUCAACAGAGAAAGGACCGGCACUCCAGACGUGCCCAAAAUCGGAAAUAGAUCCGAGGAGAAGACAUAUAGAGGACAACUGUUUAGGUUUCAAAAUGAUCAUAAAUUUAACGAAGACUUUUCAACAUAUAGCCAGCAGGCCUGGAACACAGAAACUUAUGUUUCGAAACAUUUCAAACUUAGUAAGAACAACUUUACAACAAAAGAGUAAAUUAAGUACAUUAUGUCAGCCAAAGACCAGAUGCUGGCAAAGACCAGGAAGUGGGAUGGAAAUAUGGGUGCAGAGAUGGGGCUCCAAUGUUUUGUGUGUUCGCCUGGCAUCUGGUCGACCCAAGAAGGCCAUGAGUAACAUUGAUGCUCUCAUAUAUGCAAUCUCCCUGGUCAUAGUCUGGUGCGGUAUGGGCUAUGUAGGAGUGCCGUUCUACAAGGCGUUUUGUAGUCAAUUUGGGUUUGGUGUGACCCCAGACACCCUGAGAGGACACAAUCGAGAGAAGGUGGAACACAUGGAGCGUGGGGACCGUGUUCUGAGUGUUGGUUUCUCUGCCGAUAAAGAUGCUGCUUUUCGAUGGAACUUCAAACCUCAGCAGACACGUAUGAACCUGGUACCAGGAGAGACAGCCCUUGCCUUCUACACAGCACAAAACCCAACAGACAAACCCAUCAUUGGGAUUUCCACUUACAGUAUAUACCCGUACAAAGCUGCCCAGUACUUCAAUAAGAUACAGUGUUUCUGUUUUGAGGAGCAGAUUUUGAACCCUCAUGAAAAGGUGGAUAUGCCAGUAUUCUUCUACAUUGACCCGGAAUAUGACGAUGACCCGGAGCUGGAGUUUGAGAACCAUAUUCAGCUGUGUUACACUUUCUUUGAGGCGAAGGAAGGUCUUAAUCUUCCACUCCCGGGCUUCUCCUCCCGCGGGAGCACGCCCGCCACUGGGAAACCAGCCACUGUCUCCUCCUGAUAAGCCUGGGACAGCAUGUGAUCUGUGUAUAAAUACUGUUUUUGGUGAGGAUGGUUGGAUUUGCCAAUGUCACCUUCUUAUUGGUGGAAAAUAAAAUGUGACCUGUGAAUAAAUGUAUAUACACUGUACAGGAUAGUCAGGAUGGGUGUUCUCAUUUGGUUUGAUGCUCUGUGAUAACUUUUACUGUAUAAGUGUCCAUGUACAAUUAUUGUAAUCAUUGGCUUUGCACACCCUUUGAAAACUCUUAUUUCUCUGCAGUUAUUUUUUCUCCCAUAAUUAAUCUUACUUUACUAUGUCUUUCAACAAAUUUGAGACAUAAAUCUGUAUACAGUUUGAUCAAACUUCCUCAUUUUGACAAAUCACCAUUAUGAAACAUGUUAAUAAGCAGUUUGAUACAAUUGAAUGACUGCUUGUGGCACAUUGUAGAUUAUGUUAAUGACAACUUUCUUCCAUCCUGUUUAACAAUAGGUAGUAUUAAUAAUAUAUGAUGCUUGCUAUGGUUAUAGUGUGUAAUACGAUAUGAAAUAUGUCAUGGGUAUCAAAAUAAUGAUAUCACUGGAGGUAAAUAAAGAAGGCUUUAUCCUAUAAGUGAUGUAUAUCGGAUGUGGCAUGGUAUUAUUUUACAUGUUACUGGAUUUUAUAUCCAAAAAGUUUGUUUCUCAAUAAAAUGAACUCUUGAAA